UUGAUUGAAAAAUAACCAACGCUGAAUUAUUUUUCCAACAAACUGGCGAAAAAAGUGUAAGAAAAAAUAUUGUGCAAAGAAUAAAAAGAGCUGUUAAAUUUUGAAAAUUGUCCAAAUAUUAUUUAAAAACUCACAUAAAUAUAAACAGCAUUCAAGAAUUUCUAUAAGUACAGUCUAUUACAAAAGAGGGAGAAAGGAACAAAAAAAAAAUUAAAACAAUCUUAUCAAAUUUGCACAACACAAUUUUCCGCCACUGUUUGCUGACAUUUGCUGCAUCAUGGGCGAAAUAAAAUCUGUAAAAGUUGAUAACUGGGGAGUAUUCUUCCUGCAGAAACUACAGAAUUUUUUCAACAAAACCGAUUACUGUGACUUGACAUUGCAAUUCCGUGACAAUUCCCAAUUAAAAGUACAUCGUUUGGUUUUGAGUGCUUGCACGGAUUAUUUCAAUGUUUUGGAACAAACCUGCGAAGUGGUGGAUGAUGCCAUCAUUAUGCCCAAUGGCUUACAGGCCGAUGUUGUGGUGCCUAUUGUUAAUUUCAUGUAUACCGGCACUCUGGAAUUUGAGCUGAAAAUGUAUAAUCGUCUGUUGCGCACGGCCAAAGAUAUGAACAUGACUGUACUAUUGAAAUUAUUGGAAGCUCAUCGACGAACAAUGGAAAUGCAUCCACAGAAGACAGCUGGUCCUGCCAGCCCUAAACCACGACGCAAAGCAACAGCUCAAACGGCUGCCGCCAAUGUACCCACUAAUGCUGCUGGACGUUCUUUGAUACAAUCAAAUCAAGUUAAACGGUUAGUAGUUGGGUCAAAUGUUAAUGCACCACAGCAACGCAAUGUUUCAACUGGCAAUACAUUAACACGUAUACCUACAACUGGACAAUUGCCCGUUAGGCAAAUUGGCUCCACUACUUUCACUCGCAUUAAGGUAGAAAAUGAACAGCAGGAAACACUACUCAAACAGUUGCCUCAGCAACAACAGCCUACAUCACCCUUCGAACAACUAAGAAAGGGCUACAACAAUAACAAACGUCCGGCUGUAUCGACAUUUGUUUCACCCCCAGCCAAAAAACCAAAUUUGGAAGAUGUCAAAGAAUUUGCUGAACAACAACGUAUGCGCAAGCAAAUUGCGGCCGAAUAUGGCGAUGACGAUUACGAUGCCAGCAAUAUAAUGGAUGAUGACACCAUACACAAUGACGACGACGAUGAUGAGAUGAUGACAGCCGCUGGACAGGCAACACAAACACCGGCCACCUCAGCUUCUGCUGGCGUCCAGACGAUGACUUCACAAAACCAACAACAACAGCAAUCGGAAGAUCCACCUGGCACCACAACAAUUAUCGUGAAACAUGAAGGCCCCGACAAACCACCCACCAUAGUGGUUAAGGACAAUGGCAAUUCAAAAAUGAAUCAUGCUAAAAUCAUUUCAGAAGUCUUAAGACAAUAUCCGCAUUUAGUCAAGACUAAUAAAAAUAUAAAAUUAAAAAUAAUGCCCAAUGCGGGGGGACAGGCACAAAAGAUUAUAGUGAAAAAGGAGCCCAUGGAAGCGGAAAAAUCAAUGCAACCACCGCCCACUAAGUUGCCAACAGGUCAAAAAAUUGCCGAUAGUCAGCAUCAGCAGCCAGCGAAAUCAUUAGCUGCCAGUAUAGUUGCCAAUAGACCAAAAACUCUGCAGCAGCAACAAGCGGAAAUAUCUUCAAGCGGUAAACCAACACAAUCUGGCAUAAGUAAAACAUCAGCUGCUAGUUCAAAUACUACCGCUGGAACGCAACAAGCGCAAAAACGUCGCAUUGAUAGUAAAACAAUGCACGCUCUUAUAGCUUUAGGUGCUGAGAAUACCACUGGGCCCUGGCUAUGUCUGCGUUGUGGCCGCAAUGGUCAUCCCAUUAGUAUACCUUCGUAUCGAGGCUUCCGUCGUCAUUUAAUUAAUACUCACAAGGAAUCCAUAGAUCCCGCUCUGUGUGAACAUUGUGGUUGGCGUUCGGCCGGCAAGCGUGAACUCCAUUUCCACAUGCGAUUGGAACAUAAAGUUAAAACCAAUCUAUACAUAUUCCCCGAAUGUCAAUUAUGCCAACAAAUGUGCAUUGAUAGUGACGGACUAAAUCAGCAUUUGAUCGACAGUCAUCCGGAUGAAAAUAAACAACAAUGUAUUUAUUGCAAUAAGAUCUUUCCCGAGGAAAUACAGCUGUACACACACAUGAAAACGUUCCACAAGAAGCAGGCCUUGGAAGAUGGUAUAAUUGAUUAUUCGGAUGAUGAAAAUCCAGCUCAAGCUACACUAACUCUACCACCAGCUGAUUACGAACAAGACAUGGAACUAGAACACAAACGGCAAUUGCAGCAGUUACAGCAGCAACAAGAGAAGAAAAUAAAUAUUCUCUCCGAUAUAAGUUUACCCAUUGCUAGUUCGAUUAUUAAGACCGACUCCUUUGUGCAACAACACGAAUCGACCACUUCUGCUGCCUCUGAAGAAUAUUUGCAAGAUCAGGAACACGAGCAAGAACACACUGAAACCAAGUUUGUAGCGGCCGAUGGCAGUGAAGUAAUUUUAACAGCAGAACAGCGUAAAGAAAUCUUAUCGCAGUUGAAUCAAGAACACGAAGGUUCGGGCGUGGUAAUGGUGGUAAAUGAAAAUCCACAACAACCACAAUAUGGUGAGACACAAUCGGAACAAGGUGCCAUUAGUCAUGACGAAACUUCACAAGCCACCACAGCCACUAAUGAAGAACGUGCUGAUGAGGAAGAGGAGGAAGAAGAAGAGGAACAUGAACAGGUGGCUGAGGAAGAAGAUGAUCAACAUGACGAUAAUCAAAUAUAUAACGAAAUGAAAGCAAUGCAUGCAAACUUAGAAGAUGAUUCCACAAGUCAAACCGAGGCGGCCGCUGAAGCAGAAGAAGCUUCCCUGCACGAGGAAGAACCCGAGCAGGAACAUGAUCAUGAGGAUGAGGAAGCAGAGCCGGAACACGAGCAACGGGCCGAACAUUUGGAUGAAAGCAAGGAAUCGGUUGAUAAUCUAGAGUGGGCGCAAAAUUUGCUAUCCGAACAUGAUUUGGCUGAUGAUGCGUUAUCAUCAUCGCAAACUGCAAACGAGCAAACCGAAAGCAAUAAGCCAGAGGUAAAAGAAGAGGAAAUAAAGGAUGAUGACAACAAGUCGCAAGAUGAAAUAAGUAAAAAACUUAAGGAACUUACUGGGGAUUGGUCCGAUGAUGAUGACGAGGAUAUGCCUGAAGAAGAGCCGCUACCCGAAUUAUCACCAAUUAAGGAAAUGACUAAAGAACAACCAGAACAAACAGCCGUAACAGAUGUUGAAAUGGCAGAAGCAGAAGAAAAAGAAGCAGUAACGGAGACGCUAGCUAAAGAACAGCAAGAAAACGCAGAACUCGAAGAUCAUGCUGAAUUAUUGGCUUCAUUACAACAAAGCACAGACAGAGAUGAAUUAAAUGAACAUAAAGAAAUUACUAGUGCAGUAACACAUGCAGCAAUAGAUGAUAGCGAAAAUAUUGAUGAAGAUGAUAUUGAUAUGGCUUUAAAAAGUCUACACAAAGAAGACAUAGAAGAGGAAGAUAUCAAAACUGUGGUGGAAACAGUUGAAGAAAAGCACGAGAAUAUUGUAGACGAGAAAAAAGAUGAGGAGAAGCCAAUUGAGUCUGCAGAGGAAGUAGUAGAAAAAUUAGCUGAUGAUGUAACAGAAGAGUUAGCUAAAAAAGAUGAUGAAGUUAAAGAGGACGAAGUUAAAGAGGGUGAAGUUAAAGAGGAUGAAGUUAAAGAGGAUGAAGUUACCCCUGAGGUUGAACAGGAAAUAAAACAUGAAGAAACUGAAAAAGAGGAUAAACCGGAAGAAAAACUAGUGAAAGAAUUAGAAACACUCGAAGAACCCGAAGCAUCAUCAUCUGCUAUGGUGGUGGAUGAUGAAACCAAAAAAGAUUUAAUAGAAAGUCUUUUAAGUGAACAAGCUGAAACUAUGGAGGAUACUGCUAUUGAAACGCCCACUACAACUGCAGCGGAUAAAGUAGAGAAAGAAGUGGAUAAAGUGGUAGGUGAUACAAGUGAUACAACAGCUGAAACAAACACUGAAGCAGAAGAUUUAGUGGAAAAUAUACCCUCAUUGCAAGAUGAAUUUUUAAAUAUUUCAACUGAAGAAACUUCAAUCGAUAAUAACGCCACGACUGCCGUCUCCAGAUCUACUACUAGUACUUCUGCCACAGAAGCCGUAACCACAACAGAGGUGGCCGAGGCCUCUUCAACUACUGCUAAAGAGGAAAACACUAUAACUUCAGAGGAACGUGUUAAAAGUCUUAUUAGUGAAUGGGGUGACGACGAUGAAGAUGAGGACGAUAACGAUACAGAUUUAAAAGCAAAUCUAUGAAUUUUAGAUUUAUUUACUUUGUAAGUAAAUUUUCAUAUAAUACACCAACACACACAGACAACAAAAACACAUUAGAUUUCUAAUCAAAAAUCAUUUAGAAGAAACACAAAAUCAAUCGUUUUUCUCUUUUGAAUAUUUUUUUUUAGUUUUAAAAUCCUAAUUUUAAUUUUAAACCUCCUUACAUAGAUUUGUGUGUAUUACCUUAAAUGCAUAUAUCUGAAUAAGAUAUAUACUAUUAGUUGUUCUAUUUAUAUUUUCUUAACUUUUCUCUCUGAAUAUUUAAAAUUGAAAAUAUAUUUUUAAAAUUGUUUGUUUUUAUUUACAUACACUUACAUUUACGUACAUUCAUAAAUACAUAAAUAUAUGCAAUAAUUAUAAAUAUGUAGUUAAGCAAGAAUUUUUCCAAAUGAAUUAAAAAUUUACACAAUUAAAACUGAACUAAUUAUAACAAAAGAUUAAAUCUUUGUCAAAAAUAUUUCUCGAAAAUAAUGAAGUUUUUUUUCCUUAGAGUUUUCAUAAUUGAACAAAUAAAACAAACACUUGCCUUUGGUUUCAGAUUUAAGAAAGAUAAAAAAAAUAUAAUAAAACAUAACAUAUUCAAAAGAGACCAUAUAACAUUUGUUUAGCUUAGCAAUUACCUACAUAAUAAACAAACAUACAUAUUAAUUAAUAACAUAUACACGUAUUUAUAGUUUGAAGAAAUGAGAUAAAUUAGAAACAUCUUUUGUAGGCAAUAAGAUGAUAUAAAAUGAAAAAGUAUCAAGAAAACAAAA